UGCAGAGAGGGGAAUUUAUAUAAAUAUGACGCAUUUCCAGUAUGGCUAUAGUUGUAUAGGUUGCUGAACGAUCAGUUCGCAUAACUCAAUUGAAAAUGUUCAAAUUGUUUAUUGUUGCUGCCCUUUUGGCUGUCGCUUCGGCUAAGCCUGGUAUUGUUGCCAACACCAUCGCCUACUCGGCACCUGUUGUCUCUCAUGGUGUGGUUGCUCCAAUAGCCGCAGCCCCUUACGCAGUCGCUGCCCCCAUUGCUAGAGUUGCUGCCGCUCCCGUCGCCAUACCAGCUCCAGUUGCGUACAGUACAGGAGCUGAAAUUACUGUACACGCCGAACCUGUAGAACAACAUGGAUAUAAAAUUGUCUAUUAACCUAUAUUCAUGAGGUUGUUUGAGACUGCUUAGUAUUUUUUGUAAAUAAACGUUGUUAGUUAUUACAUAAAGGUUAUUUUAUACGACUACGGAAUAAAAUUCUUACACCGCUGUA